CAACAGAAGUGACGUUUUUUCCAUUUCCCCCGAACUUCCGCCUUGCACGUGUGUUUACUAAAAAUGUGGACAGCAGAGCCUAAGAAGUAAUAAUAUCCUCAAAGCGUUAAUUGUUUGUUUGUGUGCUGGUUAAAAUAUGGGGAAGCUGAAUGUCGUGGUGUUGCGAUACCUAUCUCGAGAUGACUUCCGUGUCCUCACAGCGGUUGAAAUGGGGAUGAAGAACCAUGAGAUUGUUCCAGUAAGUCUCCUGUCCUCCAUCGCUAGCCUCAAACACGGCGGCUGCAACAAGAUACUCAGAGAGCUCGUCAAACACAAACUCGUGGCCUAUGAACGCACCAAGACUGUGCAGGGCUACAGGUUGAAUUACGGAGGAUAUGACUACUUGGCUCUGAAGACCUUGUGCUCCAGAGAAGUGAUCAUUUCAGUUGGCAACCAGAUGGGUGUGGGUAAAGAAUCAGAUAUAUACGUCGUGGCAAGUCCAAACGGGGAGCAGUAUGCUCUGAAGCUUCACAGAUUGGGUCGCACCUCCUUCAGGAAUCUGAAGAACAAGAGAGAUUACCACAAACACAGGAAGAACAUUUCAUGGCUCUACCUCUCUCGCCUUUCUGCCAUGAAGGAGUUUGCCUAUAUGAAGGCAUUGUAUGAUCGGGGUUUUCCUGUUCCUAAACCUGUGGACUAUAACAGACAUGCUGUAGUCAUGGAGCUCAUCAAUGGAUAUCCACUGUGUCAAGUGCAUGAGCUACAGGAUCCAUCAGCCCUGUACAGCGAGUUCAUGGAUCUCAUAGUGAAACUGGCCAAUCAUGGUUUGAUUCAUGGCGACUUCAACGAGUUCAACCUUAUGUUGGACGACCAGGACCACAUAACUAUGAUUGACUUCCCUCAGAUGGUGUCCACCUCACAUCCAAAUGCUGAGUGGUAUUUUGACAGAGAUGUCAAAUGCAUCAGAGAUUUCUUUGCAAAACGAUUCAGUUACGAGAGCGAGCUCUUCCCAACCUUCAAAGACAUCAGGCGAUCUCAUUCUCUAGAUGUUGAAGUCUCUGCUAGCGGCUUCACCAAAGAUAUGGAGAGAGACAGUGCAUUGCUGCAUCCAGCUGGACCUGAGAGCGAGGAAGACGAUGAAGGAGAGGGCGAUGACGAAGAGGGAACACAUGAGGUAGUUGAAAAAGAAGAAGAAGAGAGCUUAGAUAUGGAGGAAUAUAAGCAUGCGAUGCUGGAACUGGAAGGUCUGAAAGUCAGCGACCCGCAUUCAGACGUACAAGAUAAGAACAACGAGAGUGAAAAAAGGGAAGAACAAAAAGAGACUGAGAUGGUACCUACUGCUAGAAGUGAAGAAGAGGAAGAGAAGGACUUGGAUGAAGAGUUGAAUGAGGCAGAGGAUGAGUGUCCAGAGUUGGCAGACCUUUCAACCACUAACAAAGAGUUCAAACCCUUCAGAGACUCAGAAAGCCUUCUGCAUGUGGCAGAACACAGGAGGAUGAGGACAGACAGUGAGGCCACAAUGGGCAGCAUAGGGAGCUGCUCUACCAUACCACCAGAGGUGGUCCGUCAGAAGGUACGGAGGCAGCUCACCAAACAGCAGAAGGCGGCACAGAGGAGACGUCUGCAGAAGGGAGAGGCCAACUUGGUGACCAAAUCGAGGAGAGAGAACCAAAAUAACAUCAAGUCUAGCAUGGAGAGCGCCUCCUUCUGGGGAUGAAUGGGACUGCAAUGAUGGAUGGACAGAAUUUUUCAACAUGCCUUUUGUUCAGUUAAUGUUCAUGCUGUGCGAUUCUUUUGCUCUCUUGUCUGGAGACUUGAAAGCAUGUGCAAGUUGAGUUGGGAAAAACUCAACUGUUCCGUACUAUCCUGGAGAAUACACACAUGAAGAAUAAUAAAACUUC